AAAAUUUUUCAUCAUUUAAAUAGAACAGAUAAUUUUCAACAACUUUCCAACUGACUUCUAUUAUAUUUUCUUCAUUCUCUAGGUAUCCUUUAUUGAAGCAACUGCAAUGCACUACUGGGAGCUAGCUGAGCACAUAAGACACGGCCAGAGCACUGAGAGAUAUCGGGUAUUGAUGUAACUGGAGUGAAUAACGGAACCUUCUUCCUGAGCACAGACAUUAGAGCCUGUUAUCAGCAUGAACUCAUAUGUGUUAGACAAACACGUCAAUAGUUCAUAUCCAUCCUUCACUACAGGAAGCAUCAGAAUGAUACCGCAAACUCCAAAAGUCUUGGACACCAAUGACUAUUCACAAACAUUGGGGAAAUCACAGCAGAUAUUUAAAGAAGAUUGUGAAUUGGCAGGAACUGGGCAGCAAUCAUUAUGUACAGAAAGUCAUUUAGUCAUCAAACAAGAGGACAACAUUUAUACCUUAUCUAGUGAAAUGAUUAUCCCAGAGGAUAAACCACACACAUUUACUGAGUUUUCAAAACAUAAUAAAGAAGGGAAAAGUCUACAGUCUAACAAAAUGAUUCAUACAAAGGAGAAACCUUUCAAAUCUACAGAAUGUGGGAAAAGCUUUAGAUGGAAGCCUCAUCUACUAGAGCACUACAAAAUUCACACAGGUGUGAAACCACACAAAUGUACUGAGUGCGGCAAAUGUUUUACACGAAUGAAUCAUCUGAAAACUCAUAAAAAGAUUCACACAGGAGAAAAGCCAUUCACAUGUACAGAGUGUGGGAAAUGUUUUAUAGAAAAGAGUCAUUUGAAAACUCAUAAAAGGAUUCACGCAGGGGAGAAGCCGUUCACAUGUACAUACUGUGGAAAAGGAUUUACAAUAAAGUGUAAUCUGAAAACUCAUGAAAGGAUUCACACAAGAGAAAAGCCUUUCACAUGUACAGAGUGUGGAAAAAGUUUUACACGAAUGGAUAGUCUGAAAACUCAUGAAAAGAUUCACACAGGGAAAAAGCCUUUCACAUGUACAGAGUGUGGAAAAAGUUUUACACAAAUGCAUUGUCUGAAAACUCAUGAAAUGAUUCACACAGGAGAAAAGCCUUUCACAUGUACAGAUUGUGGAAAAAGUUUUACACGAAUGGAUUGUCUGAAAAUUCAUGAAAGGAUUCACACAGGAAAAAAGCCUUUCCCAUGUACAGAGUGUGGAAAAAGUUUUACACUAAAGAGUAAUCUGAAAAAUCAUGAAAGGAUUCACACAGGAGAAAAGUUGUUCACAUGUACAGAGUGUGGAAAAAGUUUUACACAAAUGAGUAAUUUGAAAAUUCAUGAAAGGAUACACACAGGGGAAAAGCCUUUCACAUGUACAGAGUGUGGAAAAGGUUUUACACGAAUGUAUCAUCUGAAAACUCAUGAAACGAUUCACACAGGAGAAAAAUCUUUCACUUGUACAGAGUGUGGAAAAAGUUUUACACUAAAGAGUAGUCUGAAAACUCAUGAAAGGAUUCACACAGGGGAAAAGCUGUUCACAUGUACAGAGUGUGGAAAAAGUUUUACACAAUUGAAUUGUCUGAAAUAUCAUGAAAUGAGUCACACAGGAGAAAAGCCUUUCACAUGUAAAGAGUGUGGAAAAAGUUUUAAACAAAUGAGUAGUCUGAAAUAUCAUGAAAGAAUUCACUUAAGAGAAAAGCCUUUCACAUGUACAGAGUGUGUAAAAGGAUUUACAAAUAAAAGAGAUCUAAAAACUCAUGAAAGGAUUCACACAGGAGAAAAGCCAUUCACAUGUACAGAGUGUGGAAAAAGCUUUACACAAAUGAGUCAUCUGAAAUAUCAUGAAAUGAAUCACAUAGGAGAAAAGCCUUUCACAUGUACAGAGUGUGGAAAAAGUUUUAAACAAAAAAGUGAUCUGAAAAAGCAUGAACGAAUUCACACAGGGGAAAAGCCUUUCACAUGUACAGAGUGUGAAAAAAGUUUUACACAAAUGGAUCAUCUGAAAACUCAUGAAAUGAUUCACACAGGGGAAAAUCCUUUCACAUGUACAGAGUGUGGAAAAAGUUUUAAACAAAAGUUUAAUCUGAAAAAGCAUGAAAGGAUUCACAAGGGAAGAAACCUUUUAUGUGCAGAGAGUAAUUUAAUCAUCAAACAAAAGGACAACAUUUAUGCCUUAUCUAGUGAAAUGAAUUUCCCAGAAGAUAAACCACAAACAUUUACUGACUUUUCAAAACAUUUUAAAGAAGGGAAAAGUCUAAAGUCUAGUCAAAUAAUUCAUACAAAUAAGAAACCAUUCAAAUGUAUAGAAUUUGAGAAAGGCUUCACAUGUAAUUUGCAUCUCCUUGAACACCACACAGUUUACACAGUUGUGAAACCUCACACGUGUACACAAUGUGGGAGAUGUUUCACAACUAAAGGAAACCUUAAGUAUCACAAAAAGAUCCACACAGGGGAGAAACCUUUCACAUGUAAUGAAUGUGGUAGAUGUUUCACAUCAAAGGGAACUCUCAUAUCUCAUAAAAAGACCCACACAGGGGAGAAACCUUUCACAUGUAAUGAGUGUGGAAAAAGUUUUGCACAAAAAAGUAAUUUGAAAAUUCAUGAAAGGAGUCACACAGGAGAAAAGACUUUCACAUGUACAGAGUGUGGAAAAAGUUUUACACAAAUAAGUCAACUGAAACGUCAUGAAAGGAUUCACACAGGAGAAAAACCUUUCACAUGUACAGAGUGUGGAAAAGGAUUUACAUAUAAGAAUAAUCUGAAAACUCAUGAAAGGAGUCACACAGGAGAAAACCCUUUCACAUGUACAGAGUGUGGAAAAAGUUUUACACGAAUAGAUUGUCUGAAAACUCAUGAAAGGAUUCACACAGGAGAAAAGCCUUACACAUGUACAGAGUGUGGAAAAAGGUUUACACAAAAAGAUCAUCUGAAAAAGCAUGAAAGGAGUCACACAGGGGAAAAGUCUUUCACAUGUACAGAGUGUGAGAAAUGUUUUACAGAAAAGAGUGAUCUGAGAAAACAUGAAAGGAUUCACACAGGAGAAAAGCCUUUCACGUGUACAGAGUGUGGAAAAAGUUUUACACAAAUGAGUAAUCUGAAACGUCAUGAAAGGAUUCACACAAGAUAAAAACCUUUUACUUGUUUCAAAAGUUGAAAAAGGUAUCCGAUGCCAGUCAGGUAUCACAACACCACCAAACAUUUACACAUAAAAUAAACUUUAUAUGCACAGUGUGGAAACCUUUUAAAAAUGAUCCUAAAGAGGGCAAACUCUCUAAAUAGAAGUGUCAAAAAAGAUCCUAUUGUAAAUCCCAGCUACCAAAUCUCCAUACUGGAAGUGCUCUCCUGCUGUCCUUUGUUUCUCUAUAUAUGUGCACUUCAGUUUCUCUCAUAUAAAUGUGAUAGAAUCCAAACACCACACAGGAAUUUACAAAUCUGCCCUCAUACUGACCAGUGUACACAACCAUUCACCACCAAAGCACCCCCACUGUUGUUUAUUAAUAUGCCAGUGUUAGGAGUUGUACAUUUUGUUUUACAUAGGGGAGAAAAUAAUUUACAGAAUAAAGGUGUCUUUAUAUGAAUAGAGUGUUAGAAAAUGAUAUAAACAAGAAGAUCAGUCUCAAAUUAUUGACAUCUGGGAGAUAUAUUUAAUGUGCACAUCAUGUGGAUAAACCUUUUCUUAUAGCAAUAGAAGCUUAGCAUUGUAUAUAUACCAGAGGAAUUACUGAUAGGAAAUCAAUUUUAUUUAAUGAGACACUAUGGGCUAGAUUACAAGUGGAGCACUAAUUUAUUGCGCACCCAUAAACGGGCAAAUUUGGCUAUUUGCAGGUGCGCAAUAAGUAAUCAGCUAUUACAAGUGGAUGAUUUUUUUUUCUACCGUGAGCUUGUGGUAGCAAUUAGCACUUAUAAAAUAAAGAGAUCAGAUCUCAGGUUAAUUUUAUAAAUGUCUACCAAAUGUUACUAAAUGAAGUGUUCGUUUUCUUACUUAGCAGUUUUUGGGAGCUAAAGUCGCCGGCUGUGAGUUGUUAAAAAAAAAAAAAAAAAAAACGGCACUGAAAAGUGUCUUUACAUUGUGGUCUAUGGGAACUGUGUGUUCCCUGUAAUUAUAUGCUUAUAUACAUUUAUAUUAUUUGUUAUAAGUAUAUACACAUAUUAACACACAAACAUAUAUAUAUAUAUAUAUAUAUAUAUAUAUAUAUAUAUAUAUAUAUAUAUAUAUAUGUUAUAUAUAAGCAUAGACAUAUACAUUUGCUGCCAUUGCUUGUUCUCAUGCUGUGCCUCAUGGCAUGAGAAUGAGGCUCCCAUUGGAGCAUAUGGAAGUGUGCUCUCAUUUUGCGCUCCAUUUAUAAUCAAGCCCUAUAUCAGUAACUGGUACAUUUGUGAUCAUAUGUAAAGGAACAAGUCAUCCAGCACUUCCAAUAAUAAAAGACCUUUAUUAAUAUUUCAACAUGGGUCAACAAAUAACUGUAACUUUUUGGGCCUAGCUCAGCCCUUCCUGAUGCGUGAGAGGGCUGAACUAUGCCUGAAACGUUGCAGUUAUUUGUUGACCCAUGUUGAAAUAUUAAUAAAGGUCUUGUAUUAUUGGAAGUACUGGAGGACUUGUUGCUUUACAUAUGAUUUGAGACUUGGGGGCAUAUUUAUGAUUGUGCGAGCGGACAUGAUACAAUGUAGCGUAUCAUGUCUGCCACACAUCGAUAAAUGCAGACAGCUGGUGAACUGCUGGUGCAAGACCGCCCCCCUGCAGAUUGGCUGCUAGCAGGGGGUGUCAAUCAACCUGAUCGUAUUUGAUCGGGUUGAUUUCUGUCUGCGGCCUCAGAGCAGGCAGACAGGUUAUGGAGCAGCGGUCUUUAGACCGCUGCUUCAUAACUUCUGUUUCUGGGGAGCCUGUUUCCGUAUGGAGCUUGAUAAAUAUGCCCCUUGGUAAGUCUUCUCCGGGCACUCUACUUAACAAGUGCUGUUCCUUUCAUUUGAUUGUUUACAUUUGUGAUCACAAUGAGUUUAAUUUAAAUGGCCACUAUAACCUACAUGUAUACUGGGUAUGUAAUAUGUAUGUCAUGUGAUCAUAAUCAGUUUAAUUUAAAUGGCUACUAUAACCUACAUGUAUACUGGGUAUGUAAUAUGUGUGUCAUGUGAUCAUAAUCAGUUUAAUUUAAAUGGCUACUAUAACCUACAUGUAUACUGGGUAUGUAAUAUGUGUGUCAUGUGAUCAUAAUCAGUUUAAUUUUAAUGGCUACUAUAACCUACAUGUAUACUGGGUAUGUAAUAUGUGUGUCAUGUGAUCAUAAUCAGUUUAAUUUAAAUGGCUACUAUAACCUACAUGUAUACUGGGUAUGUAAUAUGUGUGUCAUGUGAUCAUAAUCAGUUUAAUUUAAAUGGCUACUAUAACCUACAUGUAUACUGGGUAUGUAAUAUGUGUGUCAUGUGAUCAUAAUCAGUUUAAUUUGAAUGGCUACUAUAACCUACAUGUAUACUGGGUAUGUAAUAUGUGUGUCAUGUGAUCAUAAUUAGUUUAAUUUAAAUGGCUACUAUAACCUACAUGUAUACUGGGUAUGUAAUAUGUGUGUCAUGUGAUCAUAAUCAGUUUAAUUUAAAUGGCUGCUAUAACCUACAUGUAUACUGGGUAUGUAAUAUGUGUGUCAUGUUCUGUAACUUGAUAUUAUGUCAGAUGUUUUCAUGUUAGUUAGAAGCCACAAGAACUGAUAAUAGCACAUACUGUAUAUAUAAAGGGAACAUUAUAUGUCUGAUAAAUCCCUUUGUAUCAAGAGCACAAGUGUUAGGUAUAUUUAUACCAUUGUGUGCAUAUAUCAUGUAAUGCUGCUGUUUACUAUAUAAUGAUAUACAAUGUUUUUUCUGCAAAUAAAAAGUGAUUGGAAUCCA